AAAAACAAAACACGUCACAGUGUUGAGCCCGACGUCAUGCGGGAGCGACGCGCCCGUGUGCGGGGUGAAGCAUGGCCGGAGCCGGAGCCGGAGCCGGAGCGGAGAGGAAGGCGCAGCUGGAGACGGUCCAGGCCGAUGGCGCUGACGAAGGCUGUGUGACGUUUGUCCUGCACGGAGAGGACCACACUCUGGGCAACUCCCUCAGAUACAUGGUCAUGAAGAACCCUGACGUGGAGUUCUGUGGAUACAGCAUCACACACCCCUCGGAAAGCAAGAUCAAUUUCCGCAUACAGACACGAGGAGGAAUCCCAGCCACGGAAAUACUGUGCAAGGGCCUGAACGACCUCUCAAAUGCCUCUAAACAUGUCCUUCAGACUUUUGAGGCACAGGUGAAGGAGUUCAGACUGAAGCAAGGAGAGGCCAUGGAGUAGAGCCAGCUUUGACGGAGAGAGAGAACGUGGUCACAUGGGCUGUGUGUCUGACGCUGGACUGUAAUUUGGAAAUACCUAGAAUGCUGCUGUAUCGAGGAGUGAUUCCUAUUUAAAGCUUUCCUGACCGAUGGACUUUUAAUCUUAAAAAAUGUGCUUUUGGCUGUGAUUCACGAGCACAAACUCUCACAAGUAGGUCAUUAGUUUAUGAAGUUGUAUAAGUUUUUUUGCGCAGUACUUUAGAAGCUCCAGCUCACUGCUUUGUUUUGCAGGCUGUGCUUUAGGAAAUGAAGCAGUUACCUUGAGAAAGUCGUUAUUCGUUUGUUUGUCUGACUGCUAUGAUGUUGGACAGAGUGGUUGAUUUCCUUUGACUUCGUUCAGUUAAGAGAUUCCUAAAGAAGCUCCCGGUCAAGUAUAAUGUGCUAAUUAUGGGCCCAACUCCUCCAAACUGUAGACUCAUUCAGUGGCAACGUCAGACCUGAGGACUGCAGACACGAGGCUCUACGUUUACGAGAUUAAACAUCACAUUUUCAUACAGCUGUA